AUCGCCUCUACAAAGCACAAAUCUCGAAACGAUCUUGGUCAACCUUACAUUCCUUUGUUCCUUGUACAUAGGCUGUGUUUUCAAAAGAAAUUUCGAUGAGAAACUUCAUCUUACCGCUUUUCGUGAUAGUGGUCUGCCAAGAGUACCCGUACGUACCACAAACCGGCGAAGGCACAUUAGACAGUUCGAACACCGAAAAUGAUAAUGAAAGCUUAGCUCCUUGUCCAAGCGACUACACUGACGGAGACGACGGACAAUGUUACAAGUUGUACGCCAAAAAUUCCAACUAUGCAGACGCUUUAGACCAAUGUCAGCAGGAUGGUAGCAAUCUCGUGUCAAUUUACGACAAUGAGAAAAAUAAUUUCAUCGUGCAAAUGGCCAAGAACGCAGAACUCAUAGUUUGGAUAGGGUUGAAGUGCACUCCACAUCUUUACUGUGUAUGGGAGGACGAUCAGCAAAAUUCCCUUCGCUACACUAACUUUUUUCAAGGAAAUCCAAACAGUAUCGGUGAAUGCGUUCUAAUGAUGAUUGGAGGAGCAGCUGAUGGGAAAUGGGUUAGUGCUAAUUGCGAAUACAUGAGGAUCGGAUUCAUCUGCCAAGUAGCUAGAAAAAAGCUCUGCGGCGACUACACCGAGUACAAAGAAGGUCGUAAAUGCUACAAGUACAUCAGUCGCAAUUUAACACUGGAAGAAGCGGAACAGCAUUGUCAGUUGGACUGUGGGCAUCUUGCCUCCGUACAUAACAUCGAGGAAAAUAGCUUCGUCUAUCAUAUGCUCAAAGACAAGGCACAUUACGCAUAUCUGGGCCUGACGGUUGCAAAUGACGAGUUUUUAUGGAUGGACAAUACGACUUUUGAUUACCAUAACUUUGGUGUUAACAAUACAGCCCUUGGUCAGUGUGUGGCUAUGUGUCUGAAGAAAGAAAUUGUUGAUGCCGCUGAAUGGAUUAGUGCACCAUGCGAUCACGGUCUACCUUUCGUUUGUCAGCGAGGUUUGCAGGAAACUCCUUAG